AUGGAAAAGGAAGCACGAGGUUCAGGAGUGGGAGAUAUGAUAGGUACAAUAAAAGAAUUUGGAAAAAGAUUUGGGGAAGAAACCAAGAAAACUGUUAAACAAGGAUUAAAUAAAUUAGUAGAUAGUAUUGACACAGGAGAAGUCAAAGUCAAACAUAAGGAAAUAUUUCCUAAUAACCCUAUGCUCAUGUAUAUAUGCGGUAGUUCCGGUUCUGGGAAAACUCAUCUCACUUUUAACAUGUUGACAACACCAAACCUUUUAGAUUUCGAUCCUUUGUAUAUCUACACAACAGCACUAGAGCAAUCGUAUUAUCAAUUUCUCAAAGCUUUAAAAUAUUUACCAAAGAAAGAUGUUCAAGACAUAUUUCAAUAUUACGAAGAAAACGAAGAAGAAGUGGAAAUAAAAGAUAUCAUAGAUAACUACAUUAAAUCAAAGAAUCCAACGGAUAUAAAAGUUUUUCUUACGGAAUAUGUUAAUGAUCUAGACUUGUCUAAUAUUGAUAGCAAUCGAAAGAACUUAAUAUUGUUUGACGACUGCGUAGCGCAAAGAAAUCAAGCUGUUCAACAAGAAUUCUUCACGAAGGGAAGACAUCACAACUGUCACUGCAUAUACCAAUCCCAAUCUUUUACGGGAUGGAUUCUAUGUUCAUUAGAAAAAAUGCAAAUUGUUUUUUAUUAUUUAUUUAUCUCAAAUCAUUCAGUCGAUUAA